GCGGCGGGGGCUCCGCGCGCGGGACGGGCCCCGUGCCGCCGGGGCCGCGGUUCCCGUCGGGCCGCCGCCGCCGCCCCGGUCUGUGCUGAGGCGCUGAGCCCCUGCCCCGCAGGUGCGGAGGGACCGAGGAUGCGGCGGGCGCUGCUCACCCUGCUGCUGCUGCUGCUCGCCCGCCCGCCGCCCGCCGCCGCCCGCCCCGCCACCACCGACGGCUCCAUCCUGGCGGCCGGCACCGGGGAACAGGACCAGCCGCUCUGGCCGCCGCUGGCGCCGCCGCCGCCGGGGCCGUGGCGAGGGCGGCGGGACGAGCCGCCGCUCUCCAUCGACCUCACGUUCCACCUGCUGCGGCACCUGCUGCUGCUCGCCCGCGCCCAGAGCCAGCGCGCCCGCGCCGACUCCAACCGCCGCAUCCUCGACGCCGUGGGGCGCUGAACCCCCCGGGCCCCCCGAGACCCCCAACCCCCGGAACCCCGGGGCUGCACCGGCCUCCAGCCGCCGCCUCUGCGCUGUCGGCACCAACACCGGCACGGGCUGAGCCCGCCUCGGCCCCGGCGCCGCGGCCAGCGGGAGCGGAGCCGCCCCGGCACCGGGACCCGGCCGCACCGGUUUUGUAAUAAAACGUGGUGGAA